CAUUUGCAUUAAUUAAUCCUCCCAAUAUAUCCCCCACAUCUCCCAGCCAGACCUCAGCAAGGCAUCCCCUCCUUGGAUUCUGUCCCUUCCUUGAAUGCUCUCUGCCCAACCACUUCUCAUAUAUAUUUACUCUCCACCAAAAGAACAGCGUGACCGGGGAAAGAGAGUGAAAGAAGAAUAAAUCCUGUUCCAAAAGUUGGGCUCCCAUCUCUGCAGAGAGUCAGUAUAUGGCGGUGCCUCUGUAAGCGCUUAACAGGAAGGGGAGAAGCUUUUUAUCACAGAAGUGAGAGCUGACUGCUUGGUGAUCACUGGCAGUAGCUGGGCAAUGAACUAAAGCCAAGAUGAAGUUUAUGAAGCUUGGAACCCGGCCUGACACCUUCUUCACCACAGAAGCCAUAAGGUCUCUUUCUUCUGAAGUCUCAACUGACCUCAAGAUCCAGGUCCAGAACAGCUUAUAUCAGCUACACAAGUUUCCUCUCCUUUCCAAGUCCUUGCGCUUGCAACUACUCUGCUCUGAAUUGAAAAACACCUCGGAGGAUGCAAUCAUCCUACUUCCUGACCUCCCCGGCGGUGCCGAGGCAUUUGAGACCUGUGCAAAAUUCUGCUAUGGUAUCACCAUCACUCUCAGCGCCCUCAACAUCGUGCCAGUCCGAUGUGCCGCCGAGUACCUUCAGAUGAACGACGACGUCGACAGAGGCAACCUCAUAGGCAAGCUCGAGGUCUUCUUCAGAUCAUGCAUCCUUCGCCGCUGGAAGGAUACAAUCGUCACGCUGCAGAAUACAAAGCAAUAUGCUCCCCUGUGUGAGGAGCUCGGAAUGACAGGCCGCUGCAUCGAUGCCAUCGCCACGAUGAUCAUCGCCCACCCUUCCAAGGCAAACUUGUCUCACAGCAGUCAGAAGCUGUUGUCGAAAGACUGGUGGGCACUAGACAUCUCUGAAUUGGGGAUAGACCACUAUUGGAGGAUCAUGGUGGCUGUCAAGUCUGCAGGCGUAGUUUCGAACAAGCUCGUCGGGGAGGCAUUGCUGGUUUACGCCUUCCAUUGGUUGCCAAACAUGGAAAGAGAUGGCCAUCAGAGCAACCAGCUCACAGAGAAUUCUUGCUCAGAACCUCUCAGAGAGAUCACCUUGAAGCACAGAUUGCUGUUGGAGAAAUUAGUAAGCUUAUUACCAAUUGACAAAGGCUCUGUGUCUUGUAGUUUCCUUCUAAGGCUUCUUAAGGCCGCCAACAUACUUAAUGCCUCAGUAUCAUCAAAGAUGGAUUUGGCGAGGAGAGCCGGAGUUCAGCUGGAGGAAGCGACUGUUAGAGAUCUCUUAAUUCCAUCUCUGUCCUACGCAGACGAGCUGCUCUACGAUGUCGACAUAGUGAUGAUCAUAUUGGAGGAGUUCAUGCUUCAAGGACAGAGUCCUCCAACUAGCCCUCCGAGAGGAAAGCUCAAUUGCGAGAGGAGACGAUCCCGGUCGGCGGACAACGUGGAAUUCGAGGGGCAGGAGAACGGCAGGAGGUCAUCUUCUGCCUCCCAUAGCUCCAAGCUGAGGGUGGCUAAGCUCAUAGAUGGUUAUCUCAAGGAGAUUGCAAGAGAUCCAAAUCUGCCUAUGGAAAAGUUGAUUGCUCUUGCUGAAGCUGUGCCGGACUUCGCAAGACCAGACCAUGAUGAUCUCUACGGAGUGAUUGAUAUUUACCUCAGGACACACCCAGACCUGGGCAAGAAUGCAAGGAAGCAGUUGUGUCGGAUCUUGGAUUGCAAAAAGCUCUCAGUUGAAGCCUGCAUGCAUGCUGCUCAGAAUGAGCUGCUUCCAUUAAGAGUAGUGGUGCAGGUCCUGUUCUUCGAGCAAGCCCGUGCCGCCAUGUCCAGUGGCCAGGUGAAUGAGCUGCCUCACAACAUUAAGGCACUGCUAGCUAAAACGGCUGCAGGAGAUGGAGAAAGAGAAGAACCAAAGCUUCAACAUUUGGGCUCUGCGACCCAUACGGAUGAUAACUGGAGCAUCUCCGAAUUGAAAUGCCCGACGUCGAAGCUUGCAACACUUAGGAUGAAGCUGGCAGAGGUCGACAAUGGCAUGGAUGAUAUUGUGAUGCCUCGCGAUGGUCUGAUGAGGAGCUCUUCUUCGAGGUUCAAAGCUUUGUGCUCUAUCCCUACAAAGCCAAAAAGGAUACUUAGUAAAUUGUUGUCUAUGAAUAGAAGUACAAGUGAGAGACAUUGAGACUAUUGCUUUAGGCAGAGACUAAUAGUAAUGUGGUGCCUUUUUCCUCUGUUCA